GCUGCCGCUGCCCUCGGCUCCGCCGCGACUUCUGCUCUCCACCACCGCCAAGAUGCUGCUUUUGCUGCUGGGGAUCAUCGUGCUCCAUGUCACCGUGCUGGUGCUCCUCUUCGUCUCCACCAUCGUCAGCCAAUGGUUGGUGAAUGGCAAUGGGCACACGGCAGACCUCUGGCAGAACUGCUCCAUGGGUGAAGAUAACAUCCAGCAUUGCCUGACAUCGUCCUCCAAUGAAUGGCUGCAGUCUGUCCAAGCAAUGAUGAUCCUCUCAGUCAUCUUCAGUGUCUUGUCCCUGUUCUGGUUCUUCUGCCAGCUCUUCACCCUCACCAAGGGUGGGAGAUUUUACAUCACUGCCUUCUUCCAAAUCCUUGCUGGACUCUGCGUGAUGAGCGGCGCUGCCAUCUUCACAGUGAGGCACACGGACUGGCACCAAGCCUCAGAAAACACCUCCUAUGGCUUUGCCUACAUCCUGGCAUGGCUGGCCUUCCCCCUGGCCCUGGCCAGUGGCAUCAUCUACGUCAUCCUCCGGAAGCGCGAGUGAGGCCGCGGAGAAGGCUGCCAGACCCCACCCAAGGGCACUGCUGGCGUCGAUGGAGGCGAGGGGGGGGGGAGAGAAGAGACGAGAAAACGGAGCAGAAAAUUAACCAGAAAUCAACAAGCAAAUGAAACAAAAAACAAACAACAAAAAGAACCCAA